AUGGAUGUAAAGGUUCUUGCUUAAUUUUCCACGUAAGCUCAAAGAUAUUUCUCUACGUGGAUAGAAGCAUGUAGAUAUUUUUGGUUUUGCAGUGAUUACAACCUCACCAUGGUGGUCACAUGCUUAAAUUGGCAUCAUAAAAAUUAAGGCCUUUUUCCAAUAUACAUAACACAAAUUUUUAACACUGCUUAGCCAUGGAAUCCUCUGCAACUCUACCUCUUUCUCAGCUUCCUUUUGUGUACCCUGCAACACCCAGGAGUAACAAAGCUUACCCCUUUUGGCCUUGCAAGCGAAGAAGCUCGCUGCCAACACGCUUACGCUGCAACAAGAUGUAUGUACCAGGAUUUGGAGAAGCAUCACCAGAAGCAAAGGCGGCUAAACACCUCCACAAUUUCUUCACCUACGUAGCUGUGAAGAUUGUUGCUGCUCAACUUGAGAGCUACAAUCCUGAGGCAUAUGAGGAGCUGAUUGAAUUUCUUGGUAGACACUCGUUGAAUGAUGGUGACAAGUUUUGUGCCGCCAUGUUCAGAGAAUCAUCAAGACAUAAGAACUUAGCCCUACGCAUAAUGGAGGUGAGAUCAGCAUACUGCAAAAAUGAUUUUGAAUGGGACAACUUGAAGCGCCUAGCCCUCAAGAUGGUCACAGAAUCUAACACGAGGCUCAUGACGGAAUAUGUCUUAGAAACCAGUCAUGUUGAAAGUGAGAAGUGAAUAGUCUUCAACCAAAGCAUUAGCCGCUUUAUUCCUUCCGAUCGAAGAGGAGCUAGGGCAAUGUACCUAUUUAUAUGUACAGAAAGAACUGACACGUUUAUCAAUCAAUUUUAUACUCCAGCAUUAGCAAGGUUAUGAUUAAAAAAACAGUUAGAUCA